AUGUCGAGAGCUCUGGACAAACAUGUCAUCGCGGCUCUGAAGCAAGGCGACCACCAGAAAAUCUUUGACGACAUUUCCAGUAUCUUCGUGUCGCCUGAGGACGGAUGCCGUCUCGAGAUUGAGGUUCUAGGUCAGAGCCACCCGUUGAGGCUGGGCGAGCACUUUCUGCGAGAUGAAAACGCUGUUGCUGUCCCCAAGCUCCGCAUAGUACAGGCCUUUCUCGUCGCCAGACAGAUCUUUCAGAAACAUCUGGCUGCAGGCUCCGUUGACGCCGAGCUUCUGUUCACCACAACAAGCGUUUUGCUGUUCCUGGACCCGGAACACCUCACGGCCGCCAACACUAGGAAGCGCCUCAUUCGCGACGCGAUCUUAGCGGGGGUUGAUUCUCUUCGAUGGUACAACGAGUCAGUGUGGUGGUUUCUCCGCACGACGGCUUCCAGACCUGCCUUGGGACAAACCAGACAGGAGGACUUCGCAACUGUCCAGCAAAGGCUUUUGGCUAUGAAAGCUGAUGAUUCCGCUGAAGCCAUGGUACUGAAAACGGCACGGAAGUGGUGCGACUCGUAUGGACCGCAUGGCGACAAAACAUGUUCGGGUGCAACGGAAUAG